CGAUCUCUUGCUGCAGAAAUGAUGUCAAGUGAGCCAUCAAUUUAAAUUUCAUGUGGGCUUUUUCUCAGUAAGUCUGUUGAGCUCAUUGGUGGUGAAUGUCGAUAUCGCACCCACAAUGCCAUGACCAUGUUCUUGUCGGUGAUGAGCCAUGUGGCUAAGUCGAUCGUGAGGUGAUGGCUUUCAGAUCUAGAUGAUGGUUUGGGAGUAUAAGUAGCUUAGGAUCCUCCCUCUAUGGUGUAUGAGUAGACAUCAACUGCAGCUUCAAGCAAUAAAUGCUAGGAUAUCAAUCUCAACUUGAAGCAACCCAAUCGCGAACCACAAUCAUGUCUCACUUCGCGCCAGACUGGGCAGAGUUCAUCGAGCAACUAGGCGAGCCCCUUACCUUCGAAGGCACCACUCUUGAAGAGCUCACCAACAAAUGGGAGAACCACCUCGCCCCAAAGUUCAUGGCGAUAUGCCAGUACCCGCCGCUCGACACAUCCGUCACAACCGAAGACAUCACGCUCGAGAACAUCUGGGUACGCAUCUACACGUCUCCCUCGGCAACUGGCAACGAGCCCGUCGGCGUCUUCAUGCACGGUGGCGGCUGGAUCAUGGGCAGUGUCGACCAGGAGGACAUGCCGUGUCGAGAGAGGAGCAAGGCCAACCACAUGAAGAUCGUCAGCAUCGGCUACCGACUGGCGCCGAAGUGGAAAUUCCCCACCGCGCUGGACGACUGCGUCCAGGGCACCCUGUGGGCCAUCUCGCACCUCUCGCUCUCCAGAUUCGUGCUUAUGGGCGGUUCGGCCGGCGCCAACCUCGCCUUCGGUGUCGCGCUGAGACUCGUCGACGCGGGCCUCGGCGAUAAGAUCAAGGGCGUCAUGGCGCUGGUUCCGGCCGUCGUGCACCCUGAUGCUGUGCCUGCGGAUAAGAAGCCGCUGUAUACUUCAUGGUGGGAGAAUGCCGACCGCACGAUCAACACCUUGACGACGAUGGAGACGUUCGUCUCGUUAUACGACCCGAACCCGCAUGACCCGUACUUCUCGUCUCUGCUGCAUCCGCGCCUGAAGGACUUGAAUAAGGUCUAUAUUGUGGAGUGCGGUGCAGAUACUCUGCGGGAUGAUGCGCGCUUGAUGAAACAGGCGUUGGAGGAGGUGAAGGUGCCGCUUCUGUAUGAUGCAUACGAUGGAUAUCCUCAUUAUUCAUGGAUGUUUCCGGCGCCGGUGCUGAAGAGGCAUGUUGAGGAGUUUAACGUGAACUUGACGCGAGCAUUGGAAUGGUUGAAUGAGUGAUCUGGAUGUCAAGAUGAAUAAUUUGGUUUGUACAU